GCUCCAGAACGACGAUUUUAUAUGUAGCUGACCAUGUUAUGCAGAUCGAGGGAUUAUGUGGAUUGGUAUACUCGGUGGAUAGGAUUGCUUCCAAUCCAAUCGUUGCACAUGACCGAGGGAUGCCAAUGUAAAGUUCGAAUGGAAGUGCUCUCUAUAUGUAUAGCUAUAGUGCAGGCAACAGUCAUCAUCAGCGUCUGCUAUUUGUAUUCCGUCUAUCGCUGGCUCUUCUGGAGCGUCUGGAUCGUCUGGAAGCGGUGUUCCGGCUUGCUCAAGUAUUUCACCAGCGUAACCAGGUAAUCAGCUACGAGUCAUCCACGAGUCACACGUGCGUACCAGUCUUCACCAGCAAUGUUCACGUAGGGUCGCUGACCUCAAAUCGAGCUUACAUUGGCCUACUGUAGAGAAAAGACAAUCAAAGAAGAGUCUCAACCCAUCAGUUUUAUUUGCGAC